CAGGUAUAUAUAGUGCAAGGGUUUUUGUUUUGUAAAUCACACACAGUGAAGUGAAGAACACAAGGUGUUGACGCCAAUGGGGAGCACGGCGGUGGAGAAGACGGAGGACGAACUCCGCAACGAGAUCGAUGAGCUUCUUCGUCAACAGCGCGAGAUAACAGAGAGGCUUCGAGAUCCUCGAGGGCUACGCAGAGGUGCACUUGCAGCUCCUUCAAUUCGCGGCAAUGGUGUUCGCCAACAACGCCCCUUUCAUCGUCCUGGAGACAGGAAUGAUUCUGAUGAUCAACCUCCGGCGAAGCGUCGACUUUCAUCUGCUGUCGUCAAGCUGGAGGAUGGGGAGUUGCCUGAAGAUGCUGAUGCAGGGAAUGAUGUGAAGGCAAAGGAUUCAGCUGCUGAAGCUGUGAAUGGGACUGCUGCAGUCGGUCAGAGUGAUAGGAACGCUUUUAAUUCUAACCAAAGCGGGUGGUCUAGAAAAGAUAGCAAUCAGAGAACUUCGAAUAUGGCUUCUGAGAUUCCUGCUGCGGAACAUGUUCCGAGAGUAUUGCCAAAGAAUGAGGAUCCGAGCUUGGUUAGUAGGAACAAGAGAAUGCUGGGUCAGCUUUUGGGUACGCUGGAGAAAUUCAGAAAGGAAGACAAGCAACUCUCAGGAACAGAGGCAUUUAUGCGAAGAUCUAAUUCUCUGCAAAGAGCUGAGCAAAGAGCACGUGAGGAAAGUGAAAGGCUUAGGAAAGAGGAGCGUGAACAGAUUGCUGAAAAACGGAGAAGAGAUUUGACACUUAGGGCACGUGUAUCUGCUAAGACAGAAGAAAAGAAGUUGGAGUUGCUAUUUCUUCGGUGGAGUGAUCAUCAUAAAAGACUAAACAAUUUUAUAAGGACUAAAGCAGAGCCUCCAAUCUACUAUUUGCCCAACAAGCCCUUGGAUGAGGAUGCUAUAUCAAUUGAGAAGCGCAAAGAAGAGGAUUUCCUUGCAUGGAAGAAUGCAAGAAGAGAGGAAUUGACUGAGUAUCAGAAACAGAUCGGGGAGCAAUAUCUUGCCAAUGUUGAAAAGGAUUUGGAGAGAUGGCAGAAUGCAAGGAAUGCAAAGAAAGGAAACAAUGACCAGAAUUUACAGGAAACUAUGGACAAAGAGUUGGACACUCACAGGCUCGAGCAUGGUCCCAAGAAAAGAAAGAUCCCUGACGGAAGCAAUAAUGAAGACUAUGACGAUGUGGAAGAUAUAAACGUCGGGGAGGAUGAUAUGAUGGAUGAUGAAUUAGACGAUGAUUCUGGUAGAAGAAUUGAUGAAACAAUUAAGACGGAAGCAGGUAACACCAGUGCAGAUCCUGCAGCUGAUGCUGAUAAUGUGGACCGUAAGUGAACAAUUGUUCGAUUAUUCUAUGAGAUUGUGUUUUGUAGUUUAGCCCUUGCUAUGCUAGCCUUCUGUAUUGGAACUUUUGUAUUUUAUGUAUUCUAAUGACCUUUCUUUAUUGAAUCUCUUUGUAUGGCUGCCCUUUGUAGAAUCAUAGCAAUGUGCUAUGUUUCUUGUGUUUGUGCCCUUAACGAGCAAACUUGGUAUUUAUCCCAUUUCAAUUUCCGUGAA